GCGAUUUACUUCCGCCAGUACAAGAUUUGCCCGGGAAAGGCACAGUCGUUGACCUCGUUCUCUGAACACUUAAACCCCGGCGGCGCCUCCACCGGAGAAUCAACGAUUCAAACAGCUCCGAAAUGGAAAUCGUGAGACUGGUUUUCGUAGCUAAUUUGCUGCUACUACUGCCAAUUCUACUGCAUUCGACCAGCGCUUACAAUGUAGGAGAUCCCGUCCCCCUUUUCGUCAACAAAAUUGGCCCCCUUCAUAACCCUAGUGAAACAUACAAAUAUUAUGAGUUGGCCUUCUGUCGUCCAGAUCAGGUGCUCGAAGAGAGAGAAAGCAUUGGGGAAGUUCUGAACGGUGACAGGCUGGCAAACGCUUUAUAUGAUUUGAAAUUCGCAGUCAACAAAACUAGGGCAGUUAACUGCCAGCAGAAGCUCAAUAAACAGGAUAUUUCGAAAUUCAGGGACGCUAUUAAAAACGAUUUUUAUUACCAGAUGUACUAUGAUGAUCUUCCCCUAUGGGCAUUCAUAGGCAAAGUCGAAGAUGAAAACUGGACAUCCGACAGUAAAGGACCAAAGUAUUAUCUUUUCACACACGUUCAAUUCGAUGCUCUCUACAACGGAAACCAAGUCGUCGAAAUUCACGCCUUGAGUGAUCCAAAUCACGUGUUAGAUAUAACAGAUGAUAUUGAUGUCACAAUCGAUUUCACUUAUUCCAUUUUUUGGAAUGAAACUUCUAUACCGUACAGGAAUAGAAUGGAAAGAUAUUUAGCUGCUUCUUCACUGCCUAUACUGCAACAAACUCAUUGGUUCUCUUUCGUUAAUUCAAUUGUGAUAGUUAUAAUGCUGACGGGACUGCUUGUUGUGCUUUUUACGCGGCAUCUCAAGAAUGAUUUAAGAAAAUGGUCGAUUGGAGAUGAAGAUGAGGAGAAAGAGGUUGGUUGGAAAUACUUACACGGUGAUGUUUUGAGAUGCCCGACGAAUUUGCCUUUGUUUUGCGCCGUUUUGGGAUGUGGGACCCAGCUAUUGACCAUGAUAUUCAUCUUAUUUGUUUUGGCAUUUCUCGGAAUCUCUUAUCCCCACAGCCACGGUUCUCUCUCAAAUUCCAUAUUCAUAUCUUACCUUCUUACAUCAGCAGUUUCCGGAUAUAUCUCCUCAUCUUUUUGCAUUCAAUAUUCCGAAACGGGACAGGAAACGAGCACACUUCUUACAGGGACACUCUUCUUAGGCCCUUUUCUCUUCACAGCAUUCAUCCUCAAUACACUCGCUGCGUAUUUUAAUGUGACUGCAGCACUUCCUCUAGGAACAAUAUUUAUCAUUAUUUUAAUAUAUACGCUCGUUGCAAUUCCACUACUCGUACUUGGUGGGGUCGUUGGAAAACGUAACAAAUACGAUAUACAAUGUUCUCCGGUUGCAAAGAAAUCUCCGAGGGAGAUUCCGUUUUUGGCUUGGUAUAGAAGAACACCUGCUCAAAUGUUUAUCGGAGGUCUUUUGCCUUUUAGUGCAAUUGUCUUGGAGUUGCACAACUUGUGUGCUACUGUGUGGGGCUAUAAAGUGUACACCUCUCUUGGAGUUUUGUUUGUUACGAUCUUGAUACUUGUUCUGCUCACUGUUAUGAUCAGUGUUGGAUUGACGUAUUUUCAAUUGGUUGUUGAAGAUCACGAUUGGUGGUGGAGGUCAGUUUUACGUGGCGGAUCGACAGCAAUAUUCAUGUUUUGUUACUGCGUAUACUUUUAUUACAAAUCAAAUAUGAGCGGCAUUCUCCAAGCAUGUUUCUUUUUCGGAUAUAGCUUUUGCAUGUGCUAUGCGUUCUUCUUGGUGCUCGGAGCUCUAAGUUUUCGAGCUUCUUUGAUUUUCGUUCGAAGAAUAUACCAUGCUGUCAAGAGUGAGUGAGUGAGCGAGCUUCCUUUGUACUUGUGGUAGUUAAACUAACCUCUAAACAGUGGAAAAUAUAAUCAAUCUAUACUGUAUUAUCUUUUCUUUUUUCUUAUUUUUGGAUUAAUUGAAAUUGGAGAAAAUGCAGCUGGUUUCUCUACGAGUUGACUCAGUGUAUACUGAAAGGAAACAAUGUCUUCAGAUUAAUUUGUGUUACAGAAAGAUUUGAUUACAGUUAAUUCGCAUAA